GCCGGAGCCCCAAGCCCCUUGCGCCCGCGCCUUUGCGCCGGUCGCCUCCAGCCCUCCCCACUCCCUCCACCGCCCCAUGCGUGCCCAUUCUGGCGACCGGUCCGCCGUUCGAACUGCGACUCCACUGACCUCUUCGUCCGGUUGCCUUCCUUGCCUUGCCGGUUCCUCGGGAGUCAGGAGCACGCCUCCUAAGCCCAUCUCCAAGUGAAAACUGGAAACCUGAAGGCCUUUGAGUGCUUCAUUGGCCCGGCAGGGACCCGGAAUCCGCUUUGUAGUAUCCAGUAUUCCCGAGAACGUUGCGAGUAUCGCCCCACAGCCCCAGCCCCCAGCCCCUAGCACCAGCCCCAGCCCCAGCCCUCAGACCGCAGCCCCAGAGCUCUCUCUCUCUCUCUCUCUCUCUCUCUCUCUCCCUCGGGGGGUCGCACGAGAAGUAGAAGGACGGCUCAACAUUCCUGCCUCGAAUGAAUGCUCGACCACCUCCAGCCUCCGCCCUCGAGGCGGGGCCCCCGGGGGAGCAGGAGCCGGAACGCGCGCGGGGGUAAAGUAAAGUAAGAGGGGGAGGGGGAAGUGGGCUCGAGGGCUAAGAUCUGCGGACAUGCAGUCUACUAUUAACAUGUCCUGCGCAGGAAUGGACCUGACGUCAGCCUUCUCAUGGGCUCCUCGCAACAUGGGCGACAAGCUACGUCUUCCUCCCCCUAAGCGGAUAGAUGUGCCUGCCCAGGAAACACUCCAGCUCGGCCGAGCUCUUAAAGUCGUCCCCGAUUCUGCUGUAGUAUAAAACUCAGCUCCCAACACCAUCCAAUCCACCUGAGCUCUAACGACAUUUCUCCCUUCUCUCCCUCUCUCUCCCCCCACCCCUCAGCUCAGCUCGUCUCGUCUCGUCUCGUCUCGUCAGUCUCUGGCCCCCAGUCCUCGAACACUCUUCCAACAGAACUCGGCAAAUCUCGUGUGACUGCCGCUCGCUGCCCCAAGCCCAGAUCCGAGGCUCUCAGCGUGCAGCAGCCCCCGAGUCCACUCCACUGCAGCCCCCGAGGGAUCAGAUCGAGCCCCGAGUGACAGGAUGAGCGCUUGAGCUCGCGGCUGCGUUUUCACGACGGGCCUCUCAGCAGCGUAGUUCGACGGGUAGCGCAGGCACCGAGCGAUCGCACGUCUGUCCGUCCGUCCCGUCCCGUCCGUCCGUCCACCCGACCGACCGACCGACCACGAUGGCGGCUUACGCUCGUCGGUGCCAGAGUAUUCUCAAGUCGUUCCUGCGCAGCCCCGUGCACUCGUGCUCGCCGACCCUGCAGCUGAAAGGCAAUCCUGCUCUGCUCCAUGACUUCGACUCGCUCUUCCACUCGUGCGCCCUCCGCCAGCCUCGCCAAUUCGCCUCCUCCUCCUCCUCCUCCUCCUCCUCGCGAGCCUACCACUCUCCCGCUCGCAGCGUCCUCCCCGGCGCCUCCCCUUCCGAUCUCAAAGCCCCCACCGACGUCUCCCCCGCCCAGCCCAUGGGCCUCGACCCGAGUCUGAAUCUCCCCCAAGUCAAGAACCGGAGGACGUACUCUGCAGCGACAGCUGCCACUUACAGCCAGCAAUACACGGGGCCGAGGAGCAUCAGGCCGCCGGAGGAGGUGACGAUCACAAGGACGGGGGCGUGUCACGUGAAGCCGGCGCUGCAAGUGGAGGAGCACUGGUUCCCGCUGUCGAACAUGGACCGCCUGAUGCCGUCGGUCUACGAGCACGCCUACUUCGUCUACGAGUCCACCAAGGGCAGAGCGUUCGGCGAUGUCGUCGCCUCGCUCAAGCGCACGCUGUCCGAGGUCCUCGUCCCCUACUACCCUCUGGCCGGGCGCAUGCGCAACCCCGAGCAGGGCAUCUACCAAGUCCACUGCGAUGGCACCGGGGCCGAAUUCGCCGAAGCCCACGCUGACUGCGAUCUCGACGAGCUCGAUUACCACCAGCCUGGCCCAAUCCUCGGCAAGAAGCUCGCUCCCCCGACCAUCUUCACCGCCGAAGAUGGCUCCCUCCCCCCCGUCUCCAUUCAGAUUACGAGGUUCAAAUGCGGGGGAGUCAUCGUGGGCUGCAGCUUCCACCACCAGAUGGUGGACGCGCACGCGGGCAACAUGUUUCUGAAGGCGUGGUCGCAGAACAUGAGAGGGCAGGCGAUCGGGAGGCUGCCAUACCACUGGCGGGCGCUGCUGCAGGCGAGGAGCCCCGCCGAGGCGACGGUGGAUCACAGCGUCGAGUACAAAGUGAAGCCCAAGAACGAGAAGCGCACUCCUCGAGGGCCAGCAAGCGCCGAGGCGCAAUCGCCGAUCGUGGCGCGAACAUUCCACUUCGAUCAGGCGGCGGUGCGCGACCUCAAGCGCACAGCGUCGGACGAAGGGCGCGGGGCGAGCUUUACCUCGACGGAGUGCACGAGCGCAUAUCUAUGGCGGCUGAUGAUGAAGGCCAAUGGGUUCGCGGAGGACGAGGGCGCAUCGGGGCGAUUGAUCAUGUCAGUGGACGGGCGCAAGCGCCUGAGCAGCCCGCCGGUGCCAGCCGAGUACUUCGGGAACCUGAUCGCCAUCGCCAGCGCGCAAUGCUCGAUGCGCGAGCUCGUGCAGAGCCCGCUGGCCACCGCGGCCUCGCGCAUCCAGCAGGCCAUCGCGCGCACGGCCACGGACCAGAACUUCCGCUCGCUCAUCGACUUCGUUGAAACGCACCGUGGCGCCACUGUCAUGCCCAACUUCAAUGUGUUCACGGACAAGGUCGUCAUCGCCAGCAGCUGCAUCUACCUCGGCCUCUACGAGGUCGAUUUCGGCUGGGGCCGCCCGCAGCAUGCUGGCUACGCCACCAUCCCCGACGGCAUCGCCAACUUCGUCAUCCUCCUGCCCAGCCCUCUCGGCUUCGGCAACCUCAAUGCCUCGGUGCACAUGCGCGCCGACCACAUGGCCCGCCUCGAGAAGGACCCCGAAUUCGAGUCCAUCGCUGCUGCCAACGAGCCCAGCGACCGCAGCAGCCAUCACCACCACCACCAUCACCAUCACCUCGUGCCAUCCCAGGCCGCCGUCUGAUCCCUCCCUCUGUACCAUAAUCACACCAGCUCCAGGUUCUUCCACCCCCACCCCGACUCCUUGCGCUCUGUCCGCCCGUCCUCAUCGACACCCGCCCCCGAUUGUAGAUACAUCGAUCGAUAGAUUAUAGAAUUUCAUAGAUUUCAUAGAUAUCACAGAUAGGAUGGAAUGAAUGUAUUCGGUUCAGAGAUGGUGCGACGGUAGAAAUUGGCCGUCGACUCCAGGUGUUCGAGCUUGUGGGAGGGGGGAUGUACAAAAUUCAGUUCAGUUCAGUUCAGUUCAAUUUAGUUUAUAGUUGAGAGUUCACUUCAGUUAUGCCAUACUGUAAAUUUCGAGGGUAGUAUUGGUCGCGUACAGCUGGGUCGAUUAGAAACCUCAGCGCAAUUUUACCCGUGAUCACUCACACACGACACCGUUCCAAGUGUACAUGAGUGUAAAUAUAUACAAAUUCAGAUACCGAUUAUUCGUUU